GUGUAUAUUAAUCGACUCGGAUAUAUCAAUCCGUUUUGAAUAUCGAGCGAAUCCACGUUGACUUUUAUUCGGAAUGAGGAAGGCAAGACUGCAGUUCGAUUAGAGAGGCUGAAGCGGUUGGUCAUGUCUGAGGUCCGCCGGGCCGGUCCGCUGCGCAGGUUUGGAACGCGCGCCAUUUUGUAAAAUUUACACAAAAAAGGAAGAAGUAGCUGGAUGAUGAUGAGAUCUCCCCCAAGAGACACAGCUAGCUCGCCAUCGGUUAAUAUGUUAUUUACGGUAAUUAUGAGCUUCAAAUGCGUGUGUCUUGUAACGUUAUUACGCGACGCGCGUCACUGACAGCCAAUGCCUUCUCAACGAGGGUCAAAAUGUAGCUGUAUUUCUGAUCGGAUAAGUUUGUGUUGACGGAGAGGCGCUGUUGAUUUUUUUUUUUUUUUUGGAAAGGAGUUGACACAAAGUCAGACGACUCAGGGUUGAAGCUCCAUCGAACAAUUUAAUAUACAAGGAUUGUAAAAAAUAAAAAUAAAAAAAAGAGAGAGAGAGAAGAUCUCGGGAUUCUUCGCGCGUUUUAAACGUAUAAGGAUAUUUUUCUCUCAUCCACAGAGGGACACGUAGCAACAAGAUCCACACCAAUGAUCGAGCAAGUUGAAGAGAAAUUCGAACAUCGACCGUUAAAAGACCCUGCUGAGGCACCAGGGCUUUUCUCACAUAUAUACAACUUCAAAGUUGGUUCAGUGAACUGUGGUUUGCAGAUGGACUCCUCUGCCAGGAUGAUAUGAGAUUUGCCAGAGGACGAUGCAUACAGGAGGAGAGACCUCAGCAUGCAAACCCUCGUCUGUCCGGCUUGCUCCCUCGUUUUCGUUCAAUGCGGCAGAUGUGCAGAUGGCUGCGCAGACGCCCCAUUCUCACCCGCCAUUCAGUGACGGCCACCAGGCAAGCGCUGACGCGCCGGCCGCCGUGCUGCCCUACGGCCCACAGGCCCCUCAGCUCAACACCACCCAGGUGACUGCUGAUGUGGUGAUGUUACAAAGGCGGAUCCCUCAGUGCUUUCGGGAUCCGGCCACAGCCCCCUUAAGGAAGCUCUCUAUUGAAUUGAUCAAAACUUACAAACACAUCAAUGAGGUUUACUAUGCAAAAAAGAAGCGGCGGCAUCAACAAGGCCAAGGGGAAGAUUCUAGUAAUAAGAAAGAAAGGAAAAUCUACAAUGACGGUUAUGACGACGACAACUUUGACUACAUUGUUAAAAAUGGCGAGAAAUGGUUGGAUCGCUAUGAAAUAGAUUCAUUAAUAGGCAAAGGCUCCUUUGGACAGGUUGUGAAGGCCUAUGACCGCUUGGAGCAGGAGUGGGUUGCCAUUAAGAUUAUAAAGAAUAAAAAGGCUUUUUUGAACCAAGCACAGAUUGAAGUACGGCUCCUGGAGCUCAUGAACAAGCAUGAUACAGAAAUGAAGUACUACAUAGUUCACCUAAAGCGGCACUUCAUGUUUCGAAACCACCUCUGUCUGGUGUUUGAGAUGCUGUCUUACAACCUGUAUGACCUGCUCCGUAACACAAAUUUCCGUGGGGUAUCUCUAAACUUGACGCGGAAGUUUGCGCAGCAGCUCUGCACGGCACUGCUCUUCUUGGCCACACCUGAGCUCAGCAUCAUCCACUGUGACCUCAAGCCUGAGAACAUCCUGCUCUGCAACCCCAAGCGAUCAGCCAUCAAGAUCGUUGAUUUUGGCAGCUCCUGCCAAUUGGGACAAAGGAUAUACCAGUAUAUUCAGAGUCGCUUCUACCGCUCCCCUGAGGUGCUGCUGGGCAUGCCAUAUGACCUGGCUAUAGAUAUGUGGUCACUGGGCUGCAUUCUGGUGGAGAUGCACACCGGAGAGCCUCUGUUCAGUGGCGCCAAUGAGGUGGACCAAAUGAAUAAAAUUGUGGAGGUUUUGGGGGUCCCUCCCAGUCACAUACUCGACCAGGCGCCAAAAGCAAGGAAGUUCUUUGAGAAGAUGUCUGAUAGCACGUGGUGCACAAAGAAGACCAAAGAUGGGAAAAGGUAUAAGCCGGCAGGCUCCCGUAAACUGCACAAUAUUCUGGGUGUGGAGGCCGGGGGGCCAGGCGGCCGGAGAUCGGGCGAGUCAGGCCAUGCCGUUGCAGACUAUCUGAAAUUCAAGGACCUUAUCUUGCGGAUGCUGGACUAUGACCCGAAGAGUCGCAUCCAACCAUACUAUGCGCUGCAGCACAGCUUCUUCAAGAAGACAGCCGACGAGGGCACCAACACCAGCAGCAGUGUGUCCACAAGCCCUGCACUGGAGCAGUCUCAAUCUUCUGGAACCACGUCCAGCACUUCCUCCAGCUCAGGAGGAUCUUCUGGAACGAGCACCAGUGGGCGUGCCCGCUCUGACCCCACCCAUCAGCAUAGGCUAAGUGGAGGCCAUUUCAGUGCUGCAGUAGGCAUGGACUGCCACAGCCUCUGCCCUCAGGCAAGGCAGGCGUUUGGGCCCCCCCUGGGUUGGGUUGGAGGAGAUGGGCUCCAACAGGCAGCCGGAGAGACUCAUCCAGUCCAAGAGACCACUUUCCACUUGCCUCCCCACCAGCCCAAACCCCUUCACCCACACGGCUCUCAUCACCAUCAUCACCAUCCCCAUGCCCAUCACGGCCAGCACGGGCAAGGCCCGGCACGCCCACGUCCUCGCAUCUACUCGCCCUCACACAGCGGCGCCUCCACGCAGGACUCCAUGGAGGUGUCGCAUGGCCACCUGUCCAUGACCUCGCUGUCUUCCUCGGCCUCGUCCUCAUCUACGUCGUCGUCGUCUACAGGCAACCACCACCAUCACCACCCACACCAGGCCUACCAGAGUCGCCCGCUGCCACUGGGCAUAGGCUACGGGCACGCCUUUUCCAACCCACGCCAGGAAACGGGCACAGCCGGACACUCUGCAUACCCACUCUCUACGAACUCGGGCUUCAUAGCCGAGACUCAUAUGGGCCUGCGUCAGGGCCUGGACCGUGAGGACUCACCCAUGGCUGGUGUAUGUGUGCAGCAGAGCUCGGUGGCCAGCUCCUGACUACGCUGAGAGGACCGCUUUCCCCCCCUCUGUGUGUGUGUUUUUUUUUUUUUUUUUUUUAAGAAAAAAGGAAAACGCUGGUGGGUUUUUUGUUUGUUUGUUUGUUUGUUUGUUUUUUCCAUUUGUUUUUUCUUUUGUUUAUUUUUUUUCUUUUCAGAAAAAAAGUGCAUAGAGAUUAAAAAGCUGCUGUAAAAGAGAAGGGAGAUGACGACUGAUGCCGCACGUGUGCUCAAAACUCCUCUCUGCUCAUUUGCUGGAGGCCUCUGUUUCAGUUACCUUUUUUGUUUUUUUGUUUUUUUUGGAACGCUUUUCAACUGAAUUUCAUUUUAUUAUUAAAAGAUGAUAUAAUCAUACAUUUAUUCUUUUUUCACUCAGCUCUUUUUAAAUUGAGUAUUAACAUAUGCACCUUCCUGACAACCGUGAAAUUAGGUUUCCAUUCAAGGUCUGGAAGAAGGUCCAGUGGUCUUGGAAGUGGACGUUUCACUGGCUGUAGACACCUGAAAUGCAAUGUGUUAUAAAACAAAAAUCUUCACCAACGGUUAUUCUUACAACUGCCAUUUUUUAUUUUUUUUUCAGCAAGCUUGUUUGUUGGUUUUUUCCCUUCAUGUGCAUUUCUCUGAUUUGAGUUUAGCAGUUUAGCAGCAGCGUUCGAGAGAGCAGGCAUGCUGUGUAGAGGGCGCAGUCUUGCAAGUGUCUCCUUUUAAAAGGCAGAGUGUGGAGUGUCUCUGCACCUAUAGAGGGUGCAGGUUUGCGGCUCGCUCACGGGCUGUGUGUGUCCCAGAGCAGCAGUGUUUGCUGGUGUUUGUGUGGUGAUGCGCUCUAGAGUGGGCAGUGGAGGGGGCAGGAGCCUGGUACUGGGCAGCGGUGGACAGCACGUUUGAAAAAUGGCCUUAUCACGCACUGAAUGAAGAGAAGCUGGACAUUUACCCUUAAACUGGGGAAAAUAGCUUUCCUGUAUUUUUUAAAAUCUGGAAUACACAAGUCUUUACACAUGAUAAAUAGGAAACAGAGUAUGAGUGGUUAUUCGAGGCCUUCCUUAUCUAGAAAUCUACUAUUUGGGAGUCUCUUUUUUUGGUUUGUUUAUUUUUGCUGGCCUUGUGAAUUCACAGAAGUAGUAUUGCAAGUUGAAUCGAAACGGCUACUGCCGUGUCCCUUUCUGCUUUUUGCUUUUUUUUUUGUAUUUCUUUUUUUUUUGGCGUUCUCUAAUUUGCUUUAUUUUAAUUUUGUUGUUUUUCCGCAUGUAAUUUACUUUGAAGCUUCCGCACAUUUUUUUUCUUUCCACCCUUGAAAUCUUAACAUGCAGACGUUUGUGUGACUGCUUAUUUUGCCUCACAAUUAUGCUGUGAAUUUUAGGAGAGUUUAUUUUCCCUUUUGAUAAUUUAUUGUACCAAAGCAGUUUUUUUAUAGCACAUAGAUGUCUGUAACCAAUAAUGUAGCAGUUGUGCACUUUGAAACAAGGUGUAUCAGAUUUUUUUUAAAUGUCAGUAAAAUGGCUGUAUCUAUUGCUUUAUUGAAACUGGAACUGUUGUUAAUGCGGCAUAUUUCCUGAAAGCUGGAUCCCGAACAGUAUCCAUUUUUUUGUUCCUAUAUGAAACAGGAAAACAGCGUAAAACAACUGAAACACAACUCUUGUUGUAGAUUUUAGUUUUGCUUCAUUCUGUGAGGUGGAGGGGGGUUGAUGCCCGUGCCAUUGGCUGCUCUGCGGGUUCCAGAGCUCCAGGGUGGCCAUUGAGCAAGUCAACGUGAGGACAAGGAGAAGCGGUGCGCUGCGUAAUCCAGUUAGACGCCUAUUUCUGAGGUGCCUCAUUAUCUGGGUUCCACUGCCUUAAGUGUACAGCACCGUGCUCUCAUGAACAAACUGUGCAGAAAGUGUACCGAGCAAAACAUGCACCCCCUGCCUGCUCAGCACGCAAUGUGUGUGUUCAGAUCCAACCUUCACAAGCUCUAACAAAACAAGUUUUUCCCAGAUCGGGCUCUAGGUGGCUCAGGAACUGGGCUGGAUCUGUGAGCACAGCCUGGUCUACUAAAGUCGUCUCCCUGUCGCUCUUACUUUUUUCUUUUUCACACUUUCGCCGAAGGUAUGUUCAUACCCCAUCCUGCUUUCAUGCUCCCACUCUUGCUCUCUCCUUGUGAGUGUGAUUGAUGCCUAUAAAUACAAGGUAAAUGGUCCUAUAGGGUUCUUGUUCUUGGCCAGCAGCAAAGGACAGCUAAUGGGAGGAGUCCAUGAAAAACCCAGGCUUCAGGUGUUUACUUUGUGACCCCAUUUUAAUAGCUGAAAUAGAAUUUAUGUACAUAUUUAUAUUUUUUUAAAUAAAGGAAGUUUAGAACUCACUACUUUUUUCCUAAUGGUAUUUUGAGUACAUUUAAGUCAGCUUGGUGACCAUGCAGUGGAACUCUGUGGUAGUCAAAUGGGUAUCAGUGCUUCCAGCCCAAAGUAGUUGACAAUGCCAGUACAAAUGCAAAACUCUAGGGUUUAAAUCUAACGAGAGUAGAUCUUCAUACCUUAAAUGUAAUAGACAGGGUAUAGUGUGUGGAUGUGUGUCUACAAAUCCGAAUGACGACAGUGUUUUCAUAUAUUCGUAUACAUAAGAGAUUAUGUAUGCUUAGUACAGAAGAUAUUUUUGUUGUGUUAAUUUGGCACACGCUUCAAUAAAUGGGUCCAUGUGAAAAAUGAAUGUAGGCUAUUGCUGGAGGUGCAUGUAGCAAAGUGCACAGCGGUCUUUUUCAACAGUCCGAACCGUGCAUCCUCGAAAAACAUCGGCUCUUCACUCCGAGUCCCAUAACUGCGACUACCCCAGGAUGAGCGCCCCACUGCGGCUUUCCCCUCCCUGCCCCGAUCCCUGGCCCCCAGGCCUCUGCGCCCACUUUAGAGUCUCCACUUCUCCUCCCUUUGGUUCCAGGACAUCUGGUGUGCACUGCAGAGCUGAACAGCAUGACAGAAGGAUAAGUACCUUUUAUCCACAGAUUGUACGAUCAGGACUUUCUGUGUAAAGUAAAAUGUUACUGAGAGGCAAAAAUGGACAAACCCUUUGUACUAUAUUCAAGCGGUCUUAUGUAUGACAUAAAAAAGUUGCUUAACUUUU